GAAAUUGAUAGUGAUGGUGAUGGUCACAUCAAUAAUUCGGAAGCGGUAGCGAUGGCUCGGCGACAGGAUGAUAUGGAUCCUAAGGAGACGUUCAAUUUAUUCAUCGUCGCUGAUCAGGACAAAAGUGGAAAACUGGACAAAGUAGAACUCGCUGAUCUGUUGCGACUUGUGCGACUUAGUGCCAUCAAAUCUGCCACUGAUCAUAUCAAAGCAAUUUUUUCACUUUCUGCUCAUUUUUGGGGUCAUGCAAAAAGACUGGCCACCGGCUUACUGUCUAGAGCAAUUUAA